GGACGUCAUUUGCUUCGAAAGCAUCAGUGAAGUGACAUGUAUCUUGUUCUGCUCUGACAAUGUUUUUCAUAUAGUUCUUUAUAUUAUUAAUAUAAUAUAAAAAUUUAUGUAUAUAUGAAAUUGACAAUAAAAGAAUAUACUUGAUUAAUUUACAACAAAAAAUGGAGAGAUUAUUUGGAACGUAUGUGCAUACUACAUACCGAGCGGCUUAACUACGCAUCUAACCUGCGUAUUUGUUUUUACAGUAAAAGUAACUCGUAUCAGUACAAAUCUGUUUUUAAUAAUAUUAACACAAGAAAUAUGGAUGUAGAUUUGUUAAGACCAGGAACAGUUCCUAUUUCACCUGAUACAAUUCUUUGGUUUGAAUUUUUAUUAAAUCCGUCUUUACUACAGAAACAUUUGUCAAAACCAAAUCCAGAUCCAUCAUCUACUGAUUUGAUAAUUAAAUUUAUAACGAUCAAUUCCGAUCAAAAGGAGAGCGAUACAAAAUCUACAGAUGUAGAAGUAAAUGAAACAAAAUCUAGCACGACAAAGUGGUCACAUAAAAAUCUUGCAUUAAAGAUUCUUUCUUUGAAAGUAGCUGCGCAUUUAAAAUGGAAUUUAGAUAUAUUGGAAAAGAAAUUACCUUUACCAAUACAAGUAACUUUAUUGCAAGAUCUGUUCUAUAUAACAACAGAUACCAUCGUUGAAAUACCUGCAAUUCCUGAUUUUUCUAUACAUAACGUUUCUGACCAAGCAUUGUUUACAAUCGUCUUAUAUCACAGGUGGCACAUAAGAGCAAUAAUUUAUAGAGCUCUAAAUAAUAAGCAAUCUAAACAGCAGUUUCUUCAUAUACCAGGUAUUCAGGAAUCUACUUACGUACCACCGGGUAUGGUGGAUGAGAUUAUCAGAAAAUUAGAAACACAUGUACCCAAUAGUGUUAAUAUUUUAAAUGCAGUCUUGCAAUCGACGGAUUUAAAAUUGAAAGCACUCUCUUUUGAUACUUUUCAAAUGCUUACGGAAGAUAGUACAGAAAUCAAACAGAAUUGGGAAAACAUGUAUUCUAUUAAUAUCGAAGAAGUUAAAUGUCAGAUACAUUAUGACUUGGCUGUAUUUCAUUUAUUAAGAGAAGAAUAUCAAGAAGCAAAGAACCACGUUGGUCAAGCAAAAGAAAUAUUUUAUAAAUUUGACACCUCAGAAUCAUUGACAUACUGCAAGAUACAAAAGGAAUUUUUAGAUGGAUGUUGUCUAGCCUGUGAAGUACCCAUAGAUGGUAUUAUGUCUACUCUAACGCAACAAUUACAAUCUUCUAUCAAAGAUCAAUAUGUAAAUAUAUUGCAAAUUUUGCAAACUGAUAAUAUUUCAAGAGAGAUACCAAAGGUUUACAGGGAUAAUUUAGAAUUAGAUAUUCAAGGAGGAUCUGUAAAUAGAAAACUUGUAGUAGCUCGUGAUUUAUUAUUACAAAUUCAAUGUUUGAAUUUAGUUCGUAAUAUACUCAAUGAAAGCGUUAUCCUUGGAGAUUAUGUUUCUGAAAUACAAUCAGCUGGUACUAAAGGACUUGAUGUACUUUUCUGGGCUCUUGAUAGUGUUCUGGAAAAAGCAACUCCGGUAGACAAAAAAUACAUCUCUCGUUACUUACUUUAUCUUGUAAAUACAAGUAAUUUAGAAGGGUUGGCAUCUAAAUUACUUAAUAUUCCUGCUUAUACAGCACUUUUCAAUGAAAGGGAAUUACAUGAGAUAGAAAAAGAGGCAUCUAUUGAAGAAAUAGAAUUACCAAAUUUAUUAUUAAAUAAUGACUGGGGGAUUACACCAAUGAGAUCUGCAUAUAAUACAGGGAUAGAAGUUUUUGAAUUAGAACAAAAACUCAUACAAUCUUAUGAUAGUCAAGAAAUUCAUGAGACUUUACUACUUUUGGAUAGCAAACUUCGUAUGAAGCCAUCAUGGCAUAUAAACAAUUAUUGGGAAUUACCUAUACCAUUACAAAGUGUUGUUAUGUCUCUUCCUCGAGGAUUUCUUCAAGACUAUUCAUAUGUUCUUUUGGCUAAGAGCAGAGAGUUAGUAAUAUCUAAAGACUUUGAAGGAGCUAUUGAAUUACUACUUGUUUUAGAAAAGGAAGUACAACAGCAUUCACAGAGUGGAAAUACAUUAAUUUAUAAAUUAUCUAAAUUAAUAAAUUGGGAGUCAUUACUUGUUGAUAUAUGGAGAUGUCUCCAUGCUUGGCCAGCAACAAACAUAUGUAAUAUACAAAAUUUAGUUACAAGAAGUAAACAGUGUCUUGGUGCAUUGCAAGCGACUGAUCAAGUUAUCCCCAGACAAGAAAUAAUUGAAUAUUGUACUGUUUUUUUGUUAAAUAUGGCCGAAUGGGAUUAUCUUACAAGUUUAGAAAAACGAUGGAGUUAUACAGAAUUUGCAGCUGCUAUUAGUAGUGUUUGUCAAGAUAUUGUUAAAUAUAAAGGAACACGAAAAUUUCCUAGAGAAGCAUGGGAUAUGAUUUUAACAGCUUUUGGAGCACCCAGAGACCAACCACAAAAACGAAGCAGUAGUGGUAAUAGUAGUACUACUACUGGAAGUGCGUCAAGAGAUGCCAAUGCUAGUAUAAUAGGGACCUUAAACAGACUACGUGAACCAAUGGUUCUUACUGUUGUUAUUUCUCUCCUAGCACGUUUACGUAAUGUAUUGCGCGAUGAAUCUAGUUUAGAAUUGCAUACACAAUAUCUUACUCUCUGGCCAGCAGGAGUAUUAAAUACCAACUUUUAUAAUAUUAGAUAUAUCGGAGAGCUAUUAUUUCAAUUAUUAAUGCAAGCAUUAAAAUAUCACCCGACUAAUAUUCCUUGGUUAAGAUUAACAGGUGAUCUUAACUUUGUUUUAGGUUAUUAUGAAAGUGCAAUGAAAUAUUAUUUAGAGGCGAUAAUGGUUGCUAGCGAUUUUUUCAGUCAACCUAUACCACGUGCACAAAUAGAUGAUCUUGUUUAUAGAAGGAUGAUUAAAUGUUGUGCUCAUUUGCAAUGUUAUACGCAAGCAGCCAUAUUAUGUCAAUUUUUGGAAGAAGUAGAUUAUUCUCUGGCAUUUAAAAUGGCAGGAAGCGAUCAAAAAAAUUGUACAACAGCAGAUGCAAUGGAUGCGUAUUAUCAUUGCAUUUGGGACACAACAAUAUUGGAAUAUCUUAUUCACUUGCAUACUAAACGUGGUGAACAUCAUAGAAAGCAACUUGCUAUCAAGAUCAUAGGUCUGUUAGAGUUGAAUUCUAAUAAUAACGAAGAAAUCCAGAGAGAAGCAGCAAAUAUACGGAAAGCAAAAUUUUUAAGAGCAUUAACAAAACAAUAUGUGUAUUAAACGAAUUGUAUAUAAGUUGUAUAUUAUUCUUACAAUAGGAAAAUAAAAUUUAUAAUUUUAUAAUAUUUCUAAUCGAUAAUUAAUAUCGUGACUAAUGAAGCAUUAAGAUGACUCAGAAAAAAGGACGUAACUGCAGGUUGAUAUGAUUGUACGACAGAAAAAUAGGUAAUCUAGGCACGUCAUCUUUACCACUAUCAUAAUUUGAGUAAAUUUCGUAACGCUUAUCGUUUUCUCGGUAAUGCAAUUAUUCGAAUUUCCCUCCCUUCUCUCAUUCGCAGCCUUGCCAAUCAGCGCUUACAUACAUAUAUGAUUCAAACGAUGUUAUAUGCUGACUAUAUAAAUACAAAGAACUUAAAAGAUAUCGUAAAACGUAUACACAGCUGGGUAAUUAUAUAUCACAAAGAGAUAAAAACAAUAUUUGCGUCAUUGAAAAUUAUCAAAAAUCAUCGAAGAAAAUAAAAAUCCACGUCCUUACAUUUGACUAAUUCUUAUCAUAUCGAAUCGCGCUGUGUUAUCAUCGUGCGUAACUAUGAGUACGUAAAUGUGCGUCAAAAAAGUGAUUAAUAAUGCUAAAGUAAGCAGGGCAAAUGUUUCUUUGGAUGAUAUAAACAUUCCAAUGAUGCACACGAGAACGUAUCAAAAGAGUCUUCGAUAUGAAAGGGAAAUGUGAUGGACGUAUGCGAUUGCUGGUAUAGCAGUUACGGCGAACGCGAGCCUCAUAAACACGUCGCCAUGAUGGUUCAGCAACGCCAUAAUGCUGCUAUGCGACGUCCCAUUCUCCGUAGAGUAAACACUCGCUCGCGCAAACGAGAUGCAAAAGGGAUAAUAAUUUGUAACUUUUAAGUCUUUGAAGACGAGUAUAUACAUCGACGAUAGUCAUCUCGAUAAUCAAUCUUGGUGAGUAAGGGCAAAAGUUUUCUUCGGCAAUAAUACUCUCUCAUCUCGCUGACGAGUGAAAGUAUUCAGUUUUUCGUUUCCUCAGAAAUCCCCUUGUCGUGUUGUGCAAACAGGCGCGAGGGAGCGAUAGACAGGAAGAGAGAUAGAAAGAAAAAGAAAAGAAAGAAACGAAGAGGGCGAGAGAGACCGAGAGAGAGAGAGAGAGAGAGAGAGAGAGAAGUAUCGAGGGAGGGAGUGAGUAAGAAAGAACGAUUGGCAGGGCGGGAGGGAGAAAAAAGUGAGAAUGCUGCGAAGUGGAUAAUAUUGUAUCGAUAUAAAAUUUACUUAGGUGAUUAUCAAAUUCGUAAGAAUCGUCAUCGCGCCAUUAAGUAGGCUCCAAAGUCAAACGCGAGAAGAAUCGAUACGCGAUUGCAGGUACUUUUAGUUAUUUCGCGAUGGCGAGAGCGUGGCGUCGAAUUCCUCCUAGUGGGAGAGAGAUUUUGUAAAAACAAUGAUGCUGAAACGGUAGCAUGCGGUACGUAAGUAAAUACUUCAAAUCUUCUUGUCCCGUUAUAAUAGUACAAAAGUCGAGCUUCGCGAGCGUGAAUUUCUGAUGCGUUUUCGUGCGCGCGCGUUCAACUCUUACACUAUUUUUUCUUUUCGACAGCGUGAUCUUGAAAACAUUUCGGGGAUCUAACCUAACUUUUUACAUUCGCUAUGGAUAUUUUCCUUUCGUUUCCGCGAUUCUUGGAAAAAUCUUUAAUUUUAAGAUACGAUGAAUUUUCACGGAAAAAAGACUUUUGGAGUUGACAUUUCGCUACGUAUUUUUAUCUGCUAAAGCAUACGUUUCGAAUUCGUCAUGAAAAGCUUUUAUAACAGCUUUUUCGUUGGGAAUGAAAUGAAAGCAAGGAGGCAGGUCUAAUAAAUAUGAAAGGCAAGAUAUUUACAAAAUUUUAUUAAGGAAUUCUAUACUAUUUAUGUUUCAAUCGUUUUCUGUUACAGACCAUAGUUUGAAAAAAGAGUU